AUGGCGAUAUUUUCUUUCCUGACGUGGCCGCUGGCUCUCAUGGGCCUGAUAGUCGUCGGUUUCCGAACGAUGAUGAACGACGUGGAUGAUCCCAUCGGGCACAGAAUGCUUGGCCCACGAACCAUUACCCCGGUUUAUGACUUCAUCAUCGUCGGCGGCGGAACUUCGGGAGCCGUGUUGGCGAAUCGCCUAACGGAGGACCCGGACACGAGGGUUUUAUUGCUGGAGGCUGGAUCCGACGGGUCCUACCUGUCUGAAGUCCCCGCAUUCCCGUUCUUGCUCUGGAACACCGAGAUGGACUGGCAUUACUUCUCCGAGCCACAGUCUGACAGCUGCCUCGCUUUCCAGGGAUCGAGAUGCGUCUGGUUCCGCGGGAAGAUGCUCGGUGGGUCGUCGGCCCUGAAUGGCGGAGUUUACGCCAGGGGCAACCCUAAAGACUACGACAACUGGGAGCGCCUGGGUAAUUCCGGCUGGAGCUGGCAAGACGUGUUCCCGCUGUUCCGGAAGUCCGAAGACUUCAAGAAGCGUGACAACCGCGGCGGGAUAGCACUCACUAGCGCCGAGAUGAAAGGCUUCUUUACGUAA